AUGUCUGACGAGGUUUACGAGGGCGCCAUUGGCAUUGACCUUGGCACAACCUACUCGUGUGUUGCCAACUAUGAGGGCACAAAUGUCGAAAUCAUUGCCAACGAGCAGGGUAGCUACACGACCCCCUCUUUCGUUUCUUUCACCGACAAGGAGCGCUUGAUUGGUGAGGCGGCCAAGAAUCAGGCUGCCAUGAACCCCCAGAACACCAUCUUCGACAUCAAGCGUCUCAUCGGUCGUCGCUAUGAGGACCCCAUUGUCAAGAAGGACGUUGAGUCCUGGCCCUUCAAGGUCGUCGACCAGGGCGGAAACCCUGCUGUCGAGGUCGAUUACCUCGGAGAGACCAAGACUUUCACUCCCCAAGAGAUCUCGUCCAUGGUUCUGAUGAAGAUGAAAGAAGUUGCCGAGACCAAGCUUGGCAAGAAGGUCGAGAAGGCCGUCAUCACCGUCCCUGCCUACUUCAACGACAACCAGCGUCAGGCCACCAAGGAUGCCGGUGCCAUUUCUGGCCUCAACGUCCUCCGUAUCAUCAACGAGCCCACUGCCGCCGCUAUCGCCUACGGUCUCGGCUCCGGAAAGUCCGAGAAGGAGCGCAACGUCCUCAUUUACGAUCUCGGUGGUGGUACCUUUGAUGUGUCCUUGCUCAAUAUCCAAGGAGGCGUCUUCACUGUCAAGGCCACGGCCGGUGACACCCACCUUGGUGGUCAGGACUUUGACACCAACCUGCUUGAGCACUUCAAGAAGGAGUUCCAGAAGAAGACCGGCAAGGACCUUUCUGGCGACGCCCGCGCUCUUCGCCGUCUCCGUACCGCCUGUGAGCGUGCUAAGCGCACCCUCUCCAACGCCACUCAGACCAGUGUCGAAAUCGACUCCUUGUUCGAUGGCGAGGACUUCAACACCUCUAUCACCCGUGCUCGGUUUGAGGACCUGAACGCCAAGUCCUUCUCCGGCACUCUCGAGCCUGUUCAGCAGGUUCUCAAGGACUCCGGCCUUGCCAAGAACCAGGUCGACGAGAUCGUGCUCGUCGGUGGUUCCACCCGUAUUCCCCGUAUCCAGAAGCUCCUCAGCGACUUCUUCGACGGCAAGAAGCUCGAGAAGAGCAUCAACCCCGAUGAGGCCGUUGCGUACGGUGCCGCGGUCCAGGCUGGUAUCCUCUCCGGAAAGGCCACCUCUGCCGAAACCCAGGACCUCCUCCUCCUGGAUGUUGUUCCUCUCUCUCUCGGUGUUGCCAUGGAGGGUAACAUCUUCGCACCCGUCGUUUCCCGCGGUCAGACCGUCCCCACUAUCAAGAAGCGCACCUUCACCACUGUGGUCGACAACCAGACCACUGUGCAGUUCCCUGUCUACCAGGGUGAGCGCACCAACUGCGCUGACAACACCUCUCUUGGAGAGUUCACUCUUGCUCCUAUCCCCCCUAUGAGGGCCGGCGAGGCUGCCCUCGAGUGUGUGUUCGAAGUCGAUGUGAACGGUAUCCUCAAGGUCACUGCCACUGAGAAGUCUUCCGGCCGCAGUGCCAACAUCACCAUCUCCAACGCCGUCGGCAAGCUUUCUACCACUGAGAUUGAGCAGAUGGUUGAGGAUGCUGCCAAAUUCAAGUCCAGCGAUGAGGCUUUCACCAAGCGAUUCGAGUCCCGUCAGCAGCUCGAGUCUUACAUUUCUCGCGUUGAGGAGAUCGUCUCCGACCCCACGAUGUCCAUGAAGCUUAAGCGCGGCAACCGGGAGAAGAUCGAGUCCGCUCUUAGCGACGCCAUGGCACAGCUCGAGAUCGAGGACUCCACUCCUGAGGAUCUCAAAAAGAAGGAGCUGGCUCUCAAGAGACUCAUCACCAAGGCCAUGGCUACGCGGUAA